CCGAAAUAUAUAAUUUUUGUGAUUAAAGUUUUGGAAUAACUGAUUGGUCAUAAGUGGAAAAACAAGUUUCAGUAGAAAAAGCAAUGUUGUGUUGUUAGUCCAUGUCUAGCAUUAUUCGAAGAACAUUUUAUCUCGUUUGUGUAUUUGGAAUUAUAACGAACAAAAUAAUAUUUUUCAAGUUGUGUAUUUAUUAUUGACAUUAAGAUGAUUUUUGUUAUAUUUUUAUUUUCUGUUUUAUUCAAUCCUUUAACAGUAACAUUGGGAAAUGACAGUGAAUUUGUAUCUCCUGUUUUAACAUCCAAGAAAAAUACACCGAAUUGGUUUUCGUUUGCAGGAAAAACCUAUUACGUCGACACAGUUUUUAAGGCAAAUUUUUACAAGUCGCUACAAUUCUGUAGACAACAAGGAAUGCAUCUUCUCAGUAUAAAUAGUCAACAAGAAAACGAUAGAAUUGGGAAGUUCAUUCAAGAUAGUGGUUUAAGUUACGGACAUUACUGGACAUCGGCAUCAAAUCUUGCGGGAGAUAAUGAAUGGGUUUGGUUGUCGACCGGUCAAAAUAUGAGAUACGCUAAUUGGUAUCCCGGUGAACCGAGCGGAAAAAAUUCUCAGAAUAAUUCAGAAAAUUGCGUCGAAGCUCGUCACUGGGCGCAACCCAGUGGGUUCACGUGGAAUGAUAUAGAUUGUUUAUCCGAACUAUAUUUUAUUUGUGAAUCGAUAGUAGAUUGUCCUUCUAGCGUUCCAAAACGUCGUAAGAAAUAAUUUUUCUUAUCAAAAGUUUAAAUAAAGAAAUAUAUGACAAUAGAAUCAGUGUCUUAAGGUAAUGAGAAAAUGGAUAAUGAUGAAUUCCAAAGGAGAUUUUUACCCACCAAUAGAAAGCAAAAUUUAUUAGAUUUUGAUGAAAAUAAUUUUUUUAUAAUGUCAUUACCUAUGCUAUUUUGUAAUCUAAAUCGUACUUAAUCUUUUGAAUUUUUGAAAAUAAAAAUUUUAGAAAGAUUA